AUGACCGGAUCAUCCUCUCAAAGGCCCUCUGCGCCAGCGCACAACGCACUGGUAGUGAGAUCUCUCUUGACCGUGGCCCCGAAAGAGCGCGAACAAAUUCUCAAAGACGUUGAGUACAACGUAUUUGCUUUCCCCGCCGGCCUGGUCACUUGCGAUUAUCUGUCCGAUUCCGGGACCUCGGCGAUGACGGAUGUUCAGUGGGCGGCCUGGCCUCACCAGCUUGAGCGCCCCAACUUCUUCAUCGUCCCUCAGGGGCGCUGCGCCGAGAAUUUGCUCUUCUCAACAUUAAGCAGUAUCAUCUCUGAAGUGCCAAAUGAUACAACUCAUCUUCCUGUCAUUAUCAGCAACGGAUUUUUCGAUACAACCGGCGCUAACGCCGUCGCUUCGGGCUUUGAGCUCCAAACUUUUACACAGCCUGGGCUGAACGAUCCUUUCCCACCAGAGCUCAUCGGCAGGGAGAAUCCCUUUAAGGGUAAUCUGGAUAUUGGUCUGACGGAGGAAUUCAUGUUUGAGAAUCCUCAAAGAGUCACUAUGUUGUUGAUGACGAUCACAAACAAUUGGGCCGCAGCUCAGCCUGUCUCCAUGGCCAAUAUUCAAGACGCAGCAUCGCUAGCACACCGCCAAGGCAUUCCACUUUUCUUCGAUGCCUGUCGAUUUGCUGAAAAUGCCUACUUCAUCCAAAGGUAUGAAGCUGCGUACGCCAACAAGUCGAUUUCGGAGAUAGUACGGGAGAUGUUUUCGUACGCCGAAGGUUUCACUAUCAGCCUCAAGAAGGAUGGAUUGUCUAACAUGGGGGGCGUCUUAUGCUUUCGUGACGAAGGCCACUUUGCUCAAAAGUAUCCCGGCAUUGGUCUACUCUUGAAAGAGCGACAGAUCCUCACGUACGGGAAUGAUUCUUAUGGUGGCAUGAGUGGGCGAGACCUGAUGGCCGCUACAGCAGGGCUAUACGAAGUCACCAAACAGGUUUACCUCGAGAGUCGCAUCACCCAAGUCGAGAAUUUCGCAGUAAAGGUGCAAGCUGCUGGAAUCUCCGUUUUUUCUCCACCGGGAGGCCACGCAAUUUACCUCAACAUGGACGAUUUUUUCCUCGGGUGCGGUAGAAGUCCUGGUGACUUCGCGUCCGUCGGCUUCACCCUAGAGUUGAUCAAAGAUUACGGAAUACGUGCCGUCGAAGCAGGCCCCUUCGGAUGGGCUUGGGAUUUGAAGGCGCCACAGGAGCGGGCCAAAAUUCCCAACCUCGUUCGCUUCGCCGUGCCGCGCCAUGUCAUGUCAGACGAUCACAUAGAAUACACGGUCGCUGCCAUCCAAGAGCUGCACAGCAGAAGACACACAGUUCCAAACGUUGUCAUAACACGAGGAAAGACUAUGCGUCUGCGACACUUCUCCUGCGGCUUGAAACCUGUAAAGGCGGACCAAACCAUCACUGGAACAUAUAUCGAGGCCGUCAGCCGGCAGCUCGCCAUUCUCUCUUCUUCACUAAAGCAUAGUGCGGCGGCAGGGCAACAGCUACAGAAUGCCUUCGGAUUGGCAGCACAAGCAUGGGGUCACGCAGCUAUUCCGAGUGAGCCUGGAUACAAUGGCUUUGUGUCGAAUGUAACCAAUGACGGUGCACCACAUGAGUACUCGGUAGCUAUCUCGCAGCGUACAGGCGACGCAGAAUUGCGCUUCCUCGUCGAGGCACAGCCCAACGAGAAUACUUGGAUGUGCCUACGGAAUGAAGCUUUGUGUGUGACUAAGAAUAUCGCGACAGAGUGUGGCAAAAGUGUCUCGUUGGACCGUUUCAACCUGAUUCGCGACCUGCUACUACCCGAGAAAUCCAAGAAUGGCAACGCUACCAUGGCAAUGUGGCACAGCUGCGCGCUGCUACCAUCUUCGGAGCCACAUUGGAAAGUCUACUUCGACCCAAGUGCAGCUUCAGGCAGAUCACCUGCGGCACGUUCGGCCACCACUUGUGAAGCACUCUCCCGCCUUGGCCUCGGAGAGUCAUGGGCUCAGUUGAAGCAACAAAUGUCGCCGGAUGAGUAUGUGAUCUAUUUCUCGCUCGACCUAUGCCACAACGCCGAGGCUCGCGUCAAGGUAUAUGUUGCGCACCCAAAUGCAACAGCUGCAGAAGUCGCACGAAAGCACGACGCUCUGUGUGAAUCAAGCUCCGACUCCUAUGAGAUUCAGCGCUUCUGCUUAGCGAUGUCUGGCGGAUCUUUCGGACCUUUCACCAGCAAACCACUGAUAUCGUGUUUUGCCUUUACGAGUAGUGCGCCAGGCAGCUCAGUAGGUACGGUUCAUUUCCCAAUUGACGCCUACGUGUCCCAUGAUGCGGAGGCACGAAAGCGAAUUGAACGAUACUAUCAGGAGUCAACGAUCACUUCCCCGUUGUGCAGGGAAAGAUAUACGAGGGCGCUCGAGAUAGUCCAGCGAAGACCUCUUCAACAAGGUCCGGGGAUACAUGCUUGGGUGAGUCUGAAAAUGAAGAGCCGAGGUGAUUUUGUCAAUACAUUCUACAUGUGUCCGGAGAUUUUUCGGAAGAUUUAG